AAAGUAUAUCGCGACCACCACCCACGAACAACCCAAACCCCACGCUCAAGUCUCCCACCACGCUCCCCUUUCAACAGGGCUACUGCUGCACUGCUGCUGAGUUCGUCGUCGUCGCCAAUAUGGAUUUCGCACCGUACCAAGACACCUCCCCCGACGCAACGCGCACGCUCUCACCACCCCCCACCGACCGGCGCUCCACCUCCGCCUCCCCCCCCUUCCAAGCCCCACACGCGAACCCAUGGGCCGCGCAAUCAGGUAGUCCACCGCCGCAGCAGGGUGGUGGGUUCACGAACACGCGGGAUGUGGAGAUGGGUGGGCGCGGGCGCGAGGCGCUGCAUGAUUACGAUACGAGUCUGCCGCUGCGGCUGGAUUACGAGGCGUGUUUAGCUUAUUUGGCGUUGCCGCCGGCGGGGGCGGUGGGGUUGUUGUUGGUGGAGUGGAAGAGUGAUUAUGUGAGGUUCCAUGCGUGGCAGUCGGCGCUGCUGUUUAGUGCGAUGUUUGUGGUGCAUCUGGUGUUUGCGUGGUCGAGUUUUUUGAGCUGGGUGUUGUUGGUGGGGGAUGUGGGGAUGAUUGGGUAUUUGACGCUAAGGGCCUAUAACGAUGCGGAUACGCUUGAUCGGUGCGAGGUCCCGUUCUUUGGGCCGCUGGCGAGUCGGAUUUUGGACGAUGAGUAGCGAGUAGGGGGUGGUGGGAGGACGAAUAGCUCUAGGACAGUGAUAUGGAGCCGGGAGGGAGAGAUGCAAUGAUACCCUUGGUGGAUGGUAUCUCUGGAACGCCAGGGCGUGUACAUAGGGUGGAGGUGGUAAUAGAUACCUGUAUUGAUAAUGCUGGGCAGCAUACUAUAGCUGCUGGUUUCUUAUUUUCGCCUAGUUAAUCUAGGGGGAAAGCUCUUAUAAUCAUUCAUUCCCAC